CUAGCACCAACAUACGAUGUCCACCCUAGCAGCGUGUGUCGCUGUGGCAGCAGAACAACUAUUCAUUUGGAUCACAAAUAGACCCAAAAAACGUGUCAUUGUUGUCCAGUUUCUUCUCUAACAUGCUGACGAUUAUUAGCAAAUAUUUCAAUUGAAACUUAACACUGGUUCAAUCAUGGAUCUAUUGACCAAGGUGUUGAUGAUAUUGAUUACAAUGUUUGCUUCUCCGGGUGUGGUUUUGGAGUCUCUUGACUGCCGACCUUGCAAGUGUUUUUCUGUGAAUGGAAACAUUACAGCAGAUUGUAUGAAUAACAACUUGACAGAAAUCCCUUCAUCGAUCCCACAUUUGACGAGUGUGUUGCGAUUUUGUGGAAACAAUUUGGGCAAACUCAAGGAAACGACUUUUAAAAACCUCACUUAUUUAAAGAUUUUAGAUUUAAGACAAAAUAACCUAAGAUACACAAAAACAACAUUUCCAUCGUCCGUGUUUCAAAAUCUGACACAUCUAGUCAUCUUGAAAAUCAAUGAUAACAAUAUGGAUUCACCUGAUGAUAUAACAAAGUACCCAGUUGAAGCAAUAGAGAAGCUUGAAUCUCUCAAAUGGUUGUGGAUUGAUGGUCUGAGAAAUCAGAUAUUUGGUAAGGGGUUUUCCAAACUAAGAAAUCUUAAAAGACUAACAGUAAGUAGUAGCAGUAACGCGUGCAACAUUAACUCUAUAAGUAAUGCUACAUUUAGAUACUUACUAUUUCUUGACCAUAUCGAGGUAGUCAAAUGCAACGUAAAUUCAGUUGAGCAAGGGGCAUUUGCUCUCCAACGGAAAGUUAAGAUUUUAGAUCUUUCGAAAAACUAUUACCUACGGUUUGAAGGUGUCACAAAUGCAACACAAGGGAUAUCUCCGUCACUUGAGAAAUUAAUUAUUAAUGAAGUAGUUCCAUCAUAUGCCCUUUGUGUUAAAAUUGACGAUAAAUUUUGCAAAAAUCUCCAAAACACCAGUCUUACUGAACUGCACGCGGAGAACAACAGCGUGAUUAUUUUCAAUGCCACUGCCCUUACAUUCUUUCCGAAGUCACUUAAAAGGGUAUUUAUGAGGGGAAACAGGUUUCAAUAUAAUACUUACAUCGGGUCUAUUGCAUCUUUAACAGGGUUAGAAGAGGUUCACUUAGGUGGCCCAUACAGCCCGAUUAUGCCAUUUCCACACACAUCGGAGCUUAUGCAAAUGGCACCAUGUGAUGGUUGUAAAAUGUUAGAUUAUGUAUAUGCGCCUGAUGAACAUUCAUCGCAAUAUUCAUCUGAGGCCCAACAUAAUGCCGCCAAAAUCAGUAUACCCCACAACCUAACGAAAGUAACGUUUACAUCUUCACAAAUUUAUGCCCACAUCCUCAAUGUUAGUGUAAGCAACAAUAGCAUUAAAAAAAUUGAUAUUUCAAGGAAUCUUUUCACAAAAUGGAUCGGCAGUAUUUCUGGAUUUGAAAAACUUGAACAUUUAGACAUUUCAAGAAACAUUGCAAAUGAUGUCAGUUCGGUUUUCUUUCAGUCGUUUCAAAAUCUAAAAUAUCUUGACAUUUCACGUAAUCUCUUGGGGGUUGUUUUAGCCAAAGGAACAAAUGGGAACAUAUUCAGCCACUUGGAUCAACUUCAGAUAUUGAUUAUGUCAGAAAACUUCAUAACUAAAUUGUCAACUAGAGUCUUUACGGAUUUAUCAUCAUUGACCAAGCUAGACCUUUCGAGGAAUAGCAUUGAAAAUUUGUCAUUUGACAUCACUCAUAUGAAAAACCUCCAACUUCUACGAUGUUCAAAGAAUCAAAUACAAUGGUUAGCGCAAAGCUUCCGCGCAAACCUUGAUGAAAUCUCGAAUGACCAUAAUAUAACAGUGGACUUAUCUCAGAACCCUAUUGCCUGUACGUGCCAUAACCUGCUGUUUCUAUCUUGGAUGAAAACAUCAACUUUAAACGGGAAAAUAUCAUUUGGAAACCUUUCAGAGUAUGACUGUGUUCAUGAGGACGAUCAAACUGUGAAACUUGAUAAUCUUGAGGAAGUUUUGAGAGAACUAGAGAUAUCAUGCUAUAAUUAUUCCGGGUUCUUUAUUGGUAUCUCGUCAGUUGCAUUUGUUUGUCUCGGUUUGUUAGCGUGUUCACUUCUGUAUAGAUUUCGUUGGAAGUUAAGAUAUGUAUACUAUGCAGCAAGACACAGAUACAGUACAGAGGGCCCAUCAAGCCAUGAGUUUGUGUUCGAUGCCUUUGUUUCCUUCGCAGAAGAAGACCGUGAUUUUGUUGUCAAUGAGCUCCUGGUGAAGCUAGAGGAUGAGUCAGACAUGAGACUGAACUUCCAUCAAAGGGACUUCACCCCUGGCCGUCCUAUAGCUCAUAACAUCAUCAAAGCUGUCAAAACCAGCAAACGAACGCUGGUUAUCUUGUCAAGAGAGUUCUUAAAGAGCCACUGGUGUGUCCAUGAGCUUCUGAUGGCUCACAUGGAGAGUGUGUCUACAGGUAGGGAUGUGUUGCUGAUUGUGAUGAUGGAGCACAUUCCGACAAACAAAAUUCCAGUUGAAAUAUUGUAUCAUAUACAAUCGGAUUCUUAUUUAGAAUAUCCAUUGGAAGGGCAGAAAGACAUGUUCUGGAGAAGACUCAUUGAUUCCCUCAAGGAAUAAUGGAACGGAUAUGGUACUAUUUACAUUAUUGUUUAUUGAGUGCACGUGCAGAUAUAGCAGGCACACACAGAAGCGGAAAUCAUCUAAUAUCCUCAAAAUGUCAUGGGAAACAAAGUCAACCAGACCAUGCACUGAGUCACAGUUGUAGCAUAUUCAGCUAAGUGUAACAACUAUUAAGCGUACUUUGGAAUUUCCUUUGUGAAAAGGUGCUAUAUAAGUAUGUACCUUAUAUUGGGGAACCUCUUGUCAGUGAUUAGAUUUGUUUAUACUCUUGAAUGUUACCUUUGUACAUUUGUGAAAUAUUAUAGUGUAUAUACAAUGCAGUAUAUAGAUUUUAUAUCAAUAUAUGAUUACGCCGUGAUACAUGUAACAAUGAUUGGAGUUUAGUAUGCUCUUGUGUGUUAACUUUAUGAGUUUAAUUUGUGGAAUUAUACAGUGUAUUAUAUAUAUGUAAGAAAUAGAUGACAACGCCACGAUAUAUAUGUACUUGACGUUUGCUUGAAUUGGCUAUACGAGUCACUAUGAGCAGGUUUAAUCAAUUAUGUUCAUGCGGGUGUUUUGUUUGUGACCUGUAAAUGUUGGCAGGAAAACAACGGGCUGAAAGAAUGAGCCCCGCCCAGGCCCUCGGCAUUACAUGACGGAUGUUCAGUCAAGUCAAGAACUGUGUGAGUGAGUUGGGUUUAAUGUCGCUUUAAACAGUAUUCCAGCUAUAUCAUCGUGUGUCAGCUUAAUGUGGGGGAAAACCCGAGGUGAUGCAGGUCUUAGACGUUUUCCACUUUGGUGAAACCCACGAGCACGGGAACCGGGAUACGAACCGACUAUCAUAGGUUUCUGGAGUGCCCAAAGGACGCAAAUGUGCACAGCAAAUUACGGCGACUUUGGCUAUGGGCCUACCGUGCCUCCGCCAAGUCAAGGAUCCUGACCAUAGGAUUUAGUUUAGUCACCACUUACAAUCAGCAAUAGAUUGUUGGGAAGGCUAGUUCUAGUUGUACCAUGUGAAGUUUGAAUUAUGUGCAUGUAAAGAUUCACCAUGUACUUCGAUGUUUGAUAGGUGAGGUGAGGUGAAUUGGGGUUAAACGUCGCGUCCAAGAUUAUUGCACUUAUAUAGCGACGACGUGCAUGUACGUGUGUGUGUUUGUGUGGCUGCUUGUACUAGUCAGGGC